UUUUCAACGUUGUCAAAUACAGGAAGAGAAAAAAUGGUGAUUCUUCUAGUAAAAAGAGGUGAUGAAAACCAGUUUCUAUAUGAAACAAAUGUAAAUAAUCAAGUCGAUGAUGUGGUUAAGGAUAUUGUUGCUAUAUUCAAUGGAAGACUUAAAGUUAGCAGGAUUUGCUAUGAAUUUGAAGAACUGUGGACGCAUGGGACGUUUUUGCCAACCGAAAUGCAAGGCUUGACUGAUGAACAAAUUAAAGAAUUGAAACUGGAAGAUCCUUGGGCUAAACGCUGUGCUCCACAAGGUUAUAUAGAAGCGAAAGACGACAUGGGUCGUCGAUGUGGUCUCGCGCCUCCACCGAACCUUCAAGAGGUGCUGAAAAAGGCUGCUGAGUUUGCUAAAGAGACUAUUAGUAAGAAACAUGUGGAUCUAAGAAAAUGUAUGACUCAAAAGGACGUAGCACGAGCGCUAGAAGAACUUCGUGGUGCUACCAAAAUUGUCUUCCCAGCUGGUCUACCACCACAUGAUCCUGUGCGAAUGGAGCUGGAUAAUGUAGAGGAUCUGACAGGAACCCAGGCGGCUAAUGAAGUGAUAGACCCAGCAAGGGCUUGUCUCUGGGCGUGUGGAAAGAAAUUGAUCAGUGGGAAUAUGCUGUGUGAUCAUUUGGGUAAGAACGAUAAAACUAAAGUAACAGUGAAGCUGUGCAGUUCUUCUGAAGGCGCUCCAGGCAGAGAGCCAGUUUUAACAGAAGAUGAAAGGAAACAGCUGAUGCUGCAAGCGUACAGGAAACAAGAGGAGUGGAAGAAGCUGGAGCAAGACGAAGAUGAUAGCUACCUGGACUCCAAGUGGGCUGAUGGUCAGAACUUGAAGAGGCAGUUCCAUGGAUUGAAUAAUAUUUCUUGGAAACCAGUUGCGAAGUAGAUUGUAUUCUUGUCUUAUAAAGAAAAAAUGUCUAAUAAGUUAGAACGUGUGUGUAUUUUCAAUUUAUUUCUAUUAAUAAAGAAAUUAAAUGCACCUGAGGUGUAAGUAGAUAGAUGAAAUAUUGAGAUUCG